AUGCACGACUUCAUCAUGGGAACAGUUGCAGACGUGGCCGCGUGGGAGAAGCAUGGCAACAACUUGCAGUCAGAGAUUGAGCAGGUGGUGGCAGAAGCCUCCUUCAUCUAUGAGAAGCAGUUCAACAUCGCCCUCCGCAUUGGCUACAUGAAGCUCUACACCACGAGCGCCGGGGCGCCCCGCUUUGCCGCCGAGUGCACGGACAAGCAGGGGAAGCUUGACAAUCUUCGGGCAGACACGAGCUCGCACCCUUUCACCGGCGCGCUGCACCUCUUCACGGGCUGCGGCAACGGGUACGGCACCGUGGGCGUGGCCUGGCGAGGCGGCAUGUGCGACAGACGCGGCUACAACCAAGGAGUGAACGAGCUGGUGAGACUCAACAACGCGUGGCUGAUCUUCGCUCACGAGCUCGGCCACAACUUUGGAGGUGCUCACUCCUUUGAGGAGGGUCAGGGCUCCACUGGAGGCAUCAUGGACUACGGGGAUGGCUUGCUGAACGGCGUGUAUCAGUUCAACACGAACUACCGCAGGACCGAAAUGUGUCAGAAGAUGAACCAGGUUGUUGGGAACUGCAAUGGCCAGUUUGAUGCAUCAGACGAGACCCCGACCACUACUGCCAGCGGCGGGACUACCACUUCUGGCAGCGGAGGGACAACUACAGCACCCCCGACGACACAGACCACUACAUUGCCCCCCUACAGGGUGACGACCAUCGGCUGCGAAUGCCAGCAGAACUGGAGGCUGUGGGGCUAUGACACACCCUGCACCACCUACUGCUGCAAUCCAGAUGGAGAUCCCAAUGGUGAUUGGUGCUUUGUGAAAAGCAGCGACUGCCAGGGCCGCAAUUGGGGGUACUGCGAAGCAUUGCCGGAAACAACAGCCACAACCACCACCACCACGACGACAACGACCACUACUACCACUACCACCACUACAACCACUACCACCACUACCACCACUACCACCACUACCACCACUACAACAACGACCACCACCACUACCACAACUACCACAACAACAGCGACCGCAACAACCACUGUAUCCAGCGGCUCCGCGCUGAAGGAUAUGUUCGAGCCUGUGGACGGCGGCGUGAGCCGUGUAUGCCGGGGCGCUUCUCCUGUGGACAAUGAUGCCUCCUACUUCACAGUGGUCUCCGCGGGCACCCUGGAGGCGUGCGCCGGCGCGUGCCUGGAGGCGCCGGGCUGCGUGGGCAUCGAGUUCCACGUCUCCGGGCGCUGCGAGGUGUGGACGCGCCCGGAGGGCAUCCAGGCGACCGCCAGCCUCCAGGACUACCAAUGCCUCCGCUACACCAACGCAGUGGUUCUGACCACACAGAGCCCAGUGCUGUCCAACUUUGAGCCGGUGAAUGGGGGACAGGAUCAAGCGUGCCGUGGCUCCAGCAUCGCUGACAACAGCAACGCCUACUUCACAGUGGCCUCCGCGAGCAGCCUCACGAACUGCGGGGAGCAGUGCAUGGCCCUAGAGGGCUGCCAGGGCAUCGAGUUCCACCCCUCCGGGCGCUGCGAGCUCUGGACGCGGCCGGGAGGCAUCGAAGCCACGAAGCCUUUGGACCAAUACCAAUGCUACCGCUACCUGAGUGCCGCCUUUCCCACCGGCUUCUCUCCGAAGGACGGCGCCGUUGACCGCGCCUGCCGGGGCGGGUCCGCCUCGGACAACAACCCGGGCCACUACACGGCGGUCCAUGGUAUCUCCGCUGCCGAGUGCUUCAGCUCCUGCGCGGACAAGGCGGAUUGCGUGGGGGUGGAGAUCUCCCUGGGCCGCUGCGAGCUCUGGACGCGGGCAGAGGGAAUCCAGGCGACCGCGGCCAUUACCGGCUUUCAGUGCUACACCUAUGCCAGGCCCGUGCCCUAG